AAAAAGUGUUCAAGCUCGAAAAAUCGUAGAAGACUACACCAAGGUGAGUGACGAAAACUGAUGGCUGCCACUGAGGAAAAAAUUCUCUCUAGGAUUGACCGUUUGGAUAAUGUGUUGCGGCAUUUGGAGGAAAUUAGAGGGUGCAAUCCAUCUCCGAAGAGCUCGUGUGCAUCUACUCCAACAAGUGGAAGUGAUGGACACGUGUCGUCCACUGAUUUCUCCCCAAAGAGUUUAGAGAAGCACUGCCGUCCGAUUGAAAACAUUAUGAUGGAGACCGAAGCCAAAGGAACGAUGAUAGAGAGGCUCAAUCAGGUGGAGGAUCGAAUGCUAAAGCUUUGCUUGCAGCUGGAAGAAGAGUUGGUAGCAAAGAAGAAAGAGGAAGGGAAGAAAAUGAAUAGCCCAAAGAAAGGUUUUAAACAGCUUGUGAAGCAAAGUAUGAAACCUAGGGGAAAACAUAGUAAUAAAGAAGCAUGAAUGAAUUAUGACCAUUGUAGCUGCUCCCAUCCCAACUGUGCCAACGUUUUCAAUUUUAAUGUACAUUUAAUUGUUCCUUUUGUGGAAUGCCCAAGUAACGAUGGUUUUCAUUUUUCUAGUUAUGGUUUCCAUUUUAUUGUUUAUAGCAAGAUGGCUAACGGGGUGAUAAUAUAGUUUUUCUUUUUAUUAUUA